AUGAAGCCGUCUCUUUCCAUCUUUGCGGCUGCCUUCGCAGGCACUCUCGCAAGCGCAGAAUACACAGUCGAUAUCCCCAAGGACGCUAUCUGGGUCACUAGCUGGGACGAAUUUCACGCUGAGGCGCCCAAAUUCGACCAGUUCCUGGAUGAGAAAUACGGAGGCUUUGUUCUUGAGGUGGACAACAAGAUCGUUCUGGCAACCGAUGAAGAGAUGACCAAAAGUCUUCAUGACUUUUUCAACAAGAUGGGGGCGAAGGAUGAUGCGGCGGCUGAGGAAGAACAGACCCCCCAAAAGCGCGACGGGGACCUUUUCGCACUCCGCAGACGUAAAGAUAGGUGUUCCCACAGCGGCUGCUUUGAACAUCCGCAUUGCCUCACUUAUACAGGUUGUCACUAUUGUCUCAAGCGGGGCUCUGCCAUCUACAGACGAGGUUGGUGUAUCUAG